UUUUCCUCAUAAUCAAAACAGUUCUACUCCACAGAUGUGAGAGUGCACACAUAACCUCAAAAUGUUGUAGUUGAAAAAAAAAACAUUUAAAAUGAAGUGUGUUCUAAUUACCGUGUGUUUGAUCCUAUUGUGUGUGUGUUUGAAUGAAGGUAAAGACUUCAUUGUUGGUACGAAAGCGAACAAUUUGUUAAUAUCUACACAGAAACUCAAAUACAGAAGCAUACCUUUAAUAAGGAGGGACAAGGAUUACACUUACAUUGACUCGAAGGAGAGAAUUAUAAAGGGCAUCAUAGCUCGAGAUCUCUCGCGGACAGACACUGAAGUGACGGUAACAUCGGGCGGCGUCGGCGCAACCAAUGUGACGCUGCACUUUCAAAGUGGGAGGGGAGAAGAACUCAACUAUCUUAUACUAAUAUUCAGCAACAACAUAAAGUAAAAUAUAAUCCAUCAUAUAUUAUGGGCUAUUUUAAUACAAUCUCGACAUUUACUUAGCUAUUCCGCCGCAGAGCAGGUUUAAGACAAAAUAUUUUAGAUCCUAUCAAACAAGUCAUAAUGAAACAUUGCUUCACAUAAUUAAUAUUCAUAUUGAAAUUGCACCAUGAUUUAUGAAUUUCAAACCAACAAUCUAUAAUAAACAAAACACCAUCGAGAUGCUGUGAAAUGUUCUAAAAUACAAACAAGCCAAGAGUAAACAAAUUCCUUUUUAAUUACAACAAAAAAGAAAGGAAUGAUAAAAAUUAAAUAGCAAUUUACGAACAUCAGUCUUUGAGAAAUAUUACAUUUCGUUGCGUCAAGAUAACUGUGACAGCUCGUUAUAAACAGAGAGGAGACAACAAAGUGCUUACAAUUUCUGAUAUGAUAAGAGCGACUUGACAAUCAGAGAAUACAAUCUUCUAAGAAUAGCAGACACCACAAGGGAAUCUUCACGAUGUAAACAAAACAGGAAAUAAAAACAUUAAAGCAAACUUUUCAAACGA